UCCGGCGGAGGGGGCGCGGCCUCGCCCGGGCGGCGCGGCCCGGCGGGAGGCGGCGGGGUCUGGCCCGAGCCGGGCCCUCAGGCGAGGCGUGCGUGGUAACUGUCACCUGCUGGCCAUCCCAAUAAUGAAAACUGAAGCAAAGGAUGGAGAAGAGGAAAGCCUGCAGACAGCUUUCAAAAAGCUGAGGGUUGACACCACUGGAUCUCCUGCUUCUCUCUCUGUGGGUGAAGGGACAAGUCCCAUAGCACAAGUUAGAGCAGUGGCAGAUGAAAGCAAGCCUAAGAACUUGUGUACUUCUAAGGAAACCUGGCAUGGGUCUGUGAAGAAGCCUUCAAAAGGGGUUGUGAGGACUCAGCGUCGCAGGCGUUCCAAGUCUCCAGUCCUCCAUCCUCCCAAGUUUAUCCAUUGCAGCACAAAGUCACAUCCCACCUGCAGCCAGCUGGUGCACAAGAGCCACCUUGGUGCCCAGGAGGACAGCAGUGGCCUUGGGAUGCCAGUGCCAGAGGAAGCUCCUGCACAAUGCGGUGUCGCUCCUGAUGCCCGCCAGAAGGCAGCUGAUGUCGAGGCUUUGGGAGCUUCUGUCACACAGUCUGCAUCAGAGGCCAGCCACGAGGUGUCUCCAGCUGCCCUUUCUCUGGUGUCCAAAGCAAACCUGCAGCCUGCAGAGCUUUCUGACUUCCAGUCCAUGUCCAGGCUGAGCAGGGAUGAGCCGUGCAUGUGUGCAGACGAGGCCUGCCGCUGGAGGCGGUGGCAGGAGAUGGAGGUGUAUGAGUUCUCAGGCCUGCAGAGCACCCUGCCCCUGCCACCCCUGCCACUGCCCCCUGAGAGGAGAACACUGCCUGAGGACCACUCCCAGCCUGUGCCAGCCAGAACUCCCUCAAGUUCCCCACGCUCUUGCUCUGAGCAAGCCAGGGCCUUUGUGGAUGAUGUGACUAUUGAAGAUCUUUCUGGGUACAUGGAAUACUACUUGUACAUCCCCAAGAAAAUGUCCCACAUGGCAGAAAUGAUGUACACCUGACAGCACUGAUGCCAGGAGGCUUCAGUCUGCCCUCUGCCACACUCAUGGGAGGUGCAGCCCACUGUCUACUCACUUCUUUCCAUUGCAGCUGAUGUUCAUUAUUUAAGCUGGACAAACGAUUUUGCUGGAGCUUUAUAGUUUGAGCUUGGAAUAGAUAAUGAAGUAAAAAAGUGAAUGUGUUCAGAGUGAGCCUGCCUCUACCUAAGUGACCUCACAUUGGGAAAUUCUGCCUGGUUUUCACAGUCCUCCCUGCUUCAGUUCAGUUUGUGGGCUGGGAAAAGUCUGCAGAUGAACUCUGGCAUCAUUUAGGUUCUUUGAUCUCAUGUUGUUAACACCCCAAAAAGGUUAAUGGUAGCUUUGGAAGGCUGUAACCAAUUAGCUUGUAAUUCAGCUGUCACAGUUAGGAGCUUCACCACAGAUAGUGAUUUUCAGUGAAACUCUUAGCUGCAGUCAUCAAUAAUGUCAUUGUAAAGCUCUCCUUCAUUCUGGACUGCAUUUCUUCUCAAAACAUACCCAUAUUUCAUUCCUGUCCAGGACCUUGGCAUCAUCUCUGCUUUCUAUAAUUUCAAGAGACUCCCCUGGUUAAGCUUCCAAGUCUUUAAAUCCCAAAGUCCUCUGGGAUGAACCCAGUACUGUGGUUUUAAUUUCACCUUCAAACUGGAACUUUUUCUCUGAACUCUCUCUUCUCUUUCUAGGUUUUCUGCAUUUCUUUUUCACCUGAUUUGCUUUUUUCCCCCUGGGUUUUGUGGUGUGAGCUCAGGCAGUGUGCUUUUGGACACCUGUGGCUCUGGUUUUAUUUCAUGAAGGCAUGACCAUCUCCUGCCCUCUUCUUGCUGCUGUUACCAGCUAGGCCAAUUGAGGAGACAGAGUUGUCUUUCCUUUGGCUCCAGGCAUUGUUAUUUCCUUGUGCCUGAGGAGGCUUUUCUGUCUGAUCAGCUGAGCAGGCCUCCUCCUGCCCUGCCAUUGAUGAUGCCAGUGGGAUCAGAUGCUCUUAGGCUAACAUAACAUUUGCCUGCAAGCUGCCUGGUGAGAUAAAGCUUGGAUGGUCAGAACAAGGCUGUUUCAGGAAGUUACUCUGAUCUCUCUGGUGGUGGGUAGUGGAAAAUGUAAAGCAAGUGGAACUUGCUGAGUGUCCAACAGGCCUUAAGAGACUUGUUUACAGCAGGAGAAAUGCCCUACCUUUGCCAGGGGAAUGGUUUCUCCAGUUAACCAAAGGAAACAUGAGGUGAGUGGCUCUGUUCAGUGUGGGGUUUAUGAAGCUCUAAAGCAUUUGCUUACUUCAGUGAUCUUAAUUCAUGCACUUUGGGAGUUUUGAGGUUUUUUUUAGCUUCAUUCAGCUGUGGCAAGUAUGACCUUUGGAAGUCCUUUCCAACCCAAACCAUUCUAUGAAGUAUAAUCCUUCAAGUGUUAAGAGCUGUAGACUGGAGGGGGCAGGGAUCAGCUGCACAGCAGGGAAAUCUUGAGCACUGUCUUGCUGCUUCCCUGCAGUCUCUUUACCAAACCAUUGUCACUUUAGAUGCCUUGCCCAGCUC